CGAAGUUAGUGCGAAUAUACGCUUAAACACAGCAUAAAUACGUUUGAAACUGGGGUCAUCAAGAUAAAUCUGUGAUAAUGUAUAAUGCUUACGAAAUAAUCUUCCUGAUUUUAUGGCUAACAUUACAAACUGCAUAUGCACAACUGGAUAGCUCCUGCAAAACCCCAAAUGGAGAAUUGGGAACAUGCAAAUCCAUACUUGGUUGCCAUGUUCUUCUAGACGCUGUAAUAAAGCGAAAGCCGAAGCAAAUGGAAUUCGUAAAGAAGUCUGUAUGUGGACCGAAACCAUUAGUAUGUUGUGGAAGCCAAGGUAACUGGAAACCAGACAGGUCCGAUUGUGGAUAUCAGUUAAGUGAUAAAAUUUACGGGGGAGGAGAAACUGAGCUGUAUGAAUUUCCCUGGAUGGCGCUGUUGGAAUAUAAAAACCCUUCUAACCGCAGAAGAUUUUCUUGUGGAGGUGUCAUAAUUUCUAAGAGAUACGUUCUUACAGCAGCUCAUUGCGUUGGCCAAUUUUCGCAAAGAGUUGGUGAAUUGGUGAAUGUACGGCUUGGCGAGUGGGACUUGCGACAGGAAGUGGAUUGCAUUCGAGUGGGUGGUUCGAAAUAUUGCAAUAAACCUCCACAGGACUUUGGAGUAUCGGACAUUCUGAUCCAUCCGGAUCAUCAAAAGAGAUUUUCCAAGGGAGCUGGAGAUAUUGCAUUGAUCAGGCUAAACAGAAACAUCACGUAUUCAGAGUUUAUCAAACCAAUAUGUCUGCCAUUUCCUGCCGAAUCGUCAGCAGUUGGUGAUACAACAGUUGUAGCAGGAUGGGGCCAAACAGAAAAUGCAACCCACAGCCCGGUCAAACUCAAAGUAGAGAUACCAGUUGUUGACAGGUCACUGUGCGUGUCAAGUUUUCCAUCUCUCGAUAUUCGAACUCAGAUAUGCGCUGGAGGGAAGAAGGGAAAGGAUUCUUGUUUUGGUGAUAGUGGAGGCCCUUUGAUGAAGAUGAGCAAACACACACUCCAGUGGUAUGUCGAUGGAAUUAUCUCCUUCGGUCAACGUUGUGGAGAGGAAGGGUCGCCAGGAGUCUAUACAAACGUGUCUGAAUACAUUGACUGGAUAAUGGAACAUAUUAGAGAUUAGGAAAAUAGAACAGUUUAGAAUACCUAACAUAAGAUAGAUUAAGUACUCUAUUAAGUACAAAAAUUAGAAAAUUAGAUAAUACUCAUAUUAUACUCGUUUGUGAUAGUUUUACUCUGAAAAAAAAAACAGACUAUGAUUUUAUUAGAAAAUUCAGCUUGAAAGUUACUAGAAAAUUGUC